AUGAAACGUACGUGUCCAGUCAUUAUGAAGCGUACAUUUUCUAAUGAUGAAUUUGAUAAAAAUGGUGAUAGUGUAAGUGGUGCACAACUAAGUGAUAUUAGUAAAAAAAGUCGCUCCGAGCCAGCAUUACCAUCCCGUGUUGUUCAUUUAAGAAAUAUUGAAGCCACUGAACUUGAAGUUGUACAAUUAGGAUUACCAUUUGGACGAGUGACAAAUUUUCUCAAUUUACGAAAAAAAUCCCAGGCCUUUCUUGAAUUUGAUUCUUGCGAUCACGCUAAAACAAUGGUCGAUUAUUUUAAUAGUGGUCCAGCCAUGUUAAAUGGUCGUCAAGUAUUUGCUCAGUUUUCAAAUCAUGGUGAAUUACGUACAGAUCCAACAAAUCGUUCAAAUCAACAAGCACAUAUAGCAUUAACACAAGCUACAGAACUCUAUGAAACGGCUCAAAAAGGUGGUCCAAAUUGUGUCCUAAGAAUUAGUAUUAUCAACAUGUUAUUUCCAGUAUCAAUCGAUGUUUUACAUCAAAUAUUCACAAAAUUUGGGAGUGUUUUGAAAAUUAUCACAUUUACAAAAAAUGAUAAAUUUCAAGCACUUAUACAAAUGAAAGAUCAUAGUGGUGCUCAACAAGCAAAAUUGCAAUUACACGGUCAAAAUAUCUACAAUGGAUGUUGUACACUACAGAUUGAAUAUUCAAAACUUUAUUCAUUAACUGUUAAAUAUAACAAUGAUAAAAGUCGAGAUUAUACAAAUCCAACAUUACCAUCGGGUGAUUCACAACAAACACAAUUGCAAUCCAAUUCAGAACAAAUGGCAAAUAUGCUAGAUUCACGUGGUUUACAUUCAAAUACUAGUCUUUUAUCAUUAAAUCGUUCUAGUUCAAAUGAUGAUUACCGUUAUGGUGCAAAUCCACUGAUAAAUGCUCCACCUUCGUUUAAUCCUAUGCAAUCUCAAUAUGGCCUUGGUUCAGCUCAAAUGGUUUCUCAUUUACAACAACAGCAACAAUUACCCCCCCAACAAUCAGUUCAAAACGGUCCAGUUAUACUUGUUUCAAAUCUAAACGAAGAUAUGGUCACGCCUGAAGCCUUGUUUACCUUAUUCGGUGUCUAUGGUGAUGUGCAUCGCGUAAAAAUAUUAUUUAAUAAGAAAGACAGCGCACUUAUACAAUUUGCUACACCUCAACAGGCAGCUGUGGCUCAUCAACAUUUGGAUCAUAUAACGAUGUUUGGUAAACAAAUCAAAGUAUCGUUUUCAAAACAUCAGUUUGUACAAAUGCCAAAAGAAGGAGGAUCUGAUAUGGGUUUAACAAAAGAUUUUACAAAUUCACCAUUACAUCGUUUCAAAAAACCUGGUUCAAAAAAUUACAAUAAUAUUUAUCCUCCUGGCUCAGUACUUCAUUUAUCCAAUAUACCAACUGAAACCAAUGAGGAAGAAAUUCGUCGGAUAUUUUCUCAAUAUGGAACAAUAAAACGUUUCAAAUUUUUUGAAAAAGAUCGAAAAAUGGCGUUAAUAGAAAUGGAUUCGAUUGAAGAAGCAAUUGCAGCACUUAUUAAUACUCAUAAUUAUCGUUUAGCUGAUAGUAUGCAUUUGCGCGUAUCAUUUUCCAAAACAAAAUUGUAA